AGACAGAGAAGAAUCGCGAAUGCAAGCAAUCGAUACCGUAGAAUUUGCAUCGAAUCUCUCAGGCGAAGAACCCUCACUUUAAACGUUAUUACAUUGACAAUUUUCAAAAAUUCACCACAGAAAUUCGUUCACUGCAAAAAUCCUUUUGAUUUUCUUCCGAUGCCCCAACUUCCUGUUCCUCUCAAUCUUUUCUUCUUCUUCAACUCUGUGUCUUUGUUGCUCUUCAACUGACAAAAAAGCACUAUUCUGAAAUCUGAUAAUCGAAGCCGAAGUUGAAUUUGCAACCGUUGACGGAUUUUGCGAUGAAGGGGCAAAAGUGUAUAUUGCGUUUGGUCACCAUAUCAAGAGCGUAGAACUGUAAGCAACCUACUUGAUUUGAGGUCCGUGUGCUUGGGGCAUGGUUUGGAAGUACAGGUGGUUUGUCCAUAGUUGCAGUGUGACUUAGUUAGGAGAAUAAUACAAGUGCUGUGCUGUUAUGUAAAAAUUAAUUUACACUGCAUAUUCUGUAUUUAAGUGAGGUUGAUCAUUGCAUGAGUUAUGGAUUGUAACAAAGAUGAAGCCAUUAAAGCAAGGGAAAUUGCUGAGAAGAAAAUGGAAGGCAAAGAUUUCACAGGGGCUCGUAAGCUUGUUCUCAAGGCGCAACAGUUAAAUCCUGAUGCAGAGUAUAUUUCACAAAUGCUUAUGGUUUGUGACGUGCAUUGUGCGGCAGAGAAGAAAUUGUUUGGUAAUGAGAUGGAUUGGUAUGGCAUCCUUCAGAUUGAGCAAACGGCAAAUGAGGCGACAAUCAGGAAGCAAUACCGGAAGUAUGCUCUUCUACUUCAUCCUGAUAAAAACAAAUUCAUUGGUGCAGAAGCUGCUUUCAAGUUGGUUGGUGAAGCUCAGAGAGUGCUGUUGGACCAUGAGAAACGUCGAAUGCAUGAUAUGAGACGCAAGCCAGCAAUACCAUUUCGACCUCCCCAUAGAGCCGCUUCAACCUUUAAUGUUGGAGUUCAAGCUAAUUACAGAAGCAACUUUACAACCUUCAUUCCUCAACCUCCACCACCUCCUCAACCGCAAGGACAUUCGGGGUUCGGUCAUAAUCGUUCAACUUUUUGGACUGUUUGUCCAUUUUGUUCAGUAAGGUACCAGUACUAUAAAGAAGUGGUUAAUAGAUCACUUUGCUGUCAGAAUUGCAAGAAGCCCUUUGUUGCAUAUGAUAUGGAACUACAAGGGGCUCACCCUCAGCCUAUGUCCAACUUGAACCAGACAUCAUUUUUUCCGCAGCAGAAUUCCUUCAAUCACAGGGCUGAGAUGGGACGCCCGGGAAACUCUCAGUCUGAGAAGCGUCGAGGGAAACGCAACACCUCGGUUGCUGCUUCAGAAAAGUUCAAUGGUAAGAAAAGAAGGAAGCAAACUUCUGAAUCUAGUGAGAGUUGUGAUACAGAAAGCAGCUUAGAUACAGAUGAAAAUGGUGUAACUGAUGAUGAUAGCAGCAGAAAGGAUAUUGGACACUCUGGAGACCACCGUCCAAGAAGAUCUAGUCGACGAAGGCAGAAGAUUUCUUACAAUGAGAAUGGAAGUGAUGAUGACAACGACGUUGAGAUCACUCACAAAAGACCAAGGAGAAGAAAAUCAUCUAUUGUUUCAGAUGACGAGGAUAUUGAGGAAGUAUCUGUUGCUGUGGAUGAUGAUCAGACAAAGACAAAUAAGCCAGAAAAUCAUUGCUCUGAAGAGGAUUUAUCACGGAGAAGCAAGGGAAGUAAGGAGAACCAUAAAGAAACAACAGAUCAGGAUGUUUCUCAGGGAAGCAUGGAGUCAGCUGGUGAUCCUGACUCUAAUUUGCUUUCAUGUUCUGAUCCCGAUUUUCAUGAUUUUGAUCAGCUGCGGAACCGAGAAUGUUUUACUCUUGGGCAGAUCUGGGCUAUGUAUGAUGAUAUUGAUACUAUGCCUAGAUUCUAUGCUUGGAUAAAAAAGGUGUUUCCUUCUGGAUUCAAAGUUCAAAUCACUUGGCUAGAGCCAGAAGCAUCUGUUGAUGGCCGAAGAAAAUGUGUUGAUAAAGAAAUGCCAGUUUCUUGCGGUGAGUUUGUGUUUGGAGCAACUGAAACCAUGACAGAUUGUGAUUCGAUGUUUUCUCAUGCUGUUGCAUGGGACAAAGGCUACCAUAAAGACAGUUUCAGGAUUUAUCCAAGGAAAGGGGAAAUUUGGGCUCUCUUCAAGAAUUGGGAUAAGAAAAGUGAGUGCGAUUCCAAUGGUCAAUAUGAGUAUGAGUUUGUUGAGAUAUUGUCGGAAUUUACUGAAGAAGCUGGUAUUGAUGUAGCACUCUUAGCUAAGGUAAAAGGUUUUUCUUGUCUCUUUUGUCGAAUGGUCAAGGUAGGAGAAAAAUCAUUUCAAGUCCCUGCGGCUGAAUUGUUUAGAUUUUCGCAUCGGGUUCCUUCGUUUCCACUCACUGGUGAUGAAAGAGAGGGUGUCCCAAGAGGUUCUUUUGAACUGGAUCCAGCUGCUCUUCCCCCCAAUCUUCCAGAGAUCAUCCUUCCUGAGCAUAUAAAAGAGGUGGAUUCUGAUACUCGUCGAAGCACAUUGCCCAUGAUGGGCUCUAAUGGAGAAGCCAGCACCCAUGAAGCUGCUGCUGAUACUAACAGCAAUCUCCGGUCUGAGGGUGAUGACGGUAUUGCAGCUGUAGCUUCGCCAAGUGAGGCUUAUGAGAUUCCAGAUCCUGAAUUUCACAACUUUGAUCUUGAGAAGUCUAUUGAGAAGUUUAGGAUUGGUCAGGUCUGGUCACUGUACAGCGACGAGGAUGCCUUACCGAGGUACUAUGGUCUCAUCAAGAAAGUAACCCGUGAACCGUUCGAAGUGAAGUUGACUUGGCUGGUGUCCUCUACACUUCCAAGCGACACAGUCAAAUGGCACGAUAAACAAAUGCCGAUUUCUUGUGGGAGAUUUACAAUUCAAAGGAGGACUCCUAUGCACCGUUGCACUACCAUUGACUCCUUUUCACAUCUGCUUAGAACUGAUCCUGCUCCUAAUAAUGCCUUCUCAAUCUCUCCUAGAAUUGGUGAAGUUUGGGCAUUAUACAAGAACUGGACUCCCGAACUCAGGUGUUCGGAUUUGGAUAAUUGUGAAUACGAUAUAGCAGAAGUCAUAGAUGAUGACGAUUUACAAAAAGAAGUUAUGUUCUUGAAACGCGUCGAUGGUUAUAACUCAGUCUUCAAGGCUCAAACCAAAAAUGAUGGUUCCACGCUCACUAUGUUAAUUACCGAUGCCGAAAUUCUUCGAUUCUCCCACCAGAUACCUGCUUUUCGGUUGACAGAAGAACGGGGUGGUAGCUUGAGAGGCUGCUUGGAACUUGAUCCUGCCGCUUUACCAGUAUAUUAUUUUUGUUGACUCAACUAGGCAGGACGAUAAAUACCAUAGGCAGUAUUGUCAAUGUAUACCUCUGUAUCUAAUAGCUCGAACCGAUCUGAAAACUGAACCGUUUUUUGGAGAAGCCUUGGCAAACCACAGCUUGUUUUCAUGAGAAGUCUUUGCUGGUUUGGAUCUACAAUGGGAACCAAGCAUUUUACGUUUUACUUUCACUUUUUAAGGCUAAAAAGUUCAAAAGGUUUCUGGCUUUGGGAGAAAAGAGAGAGGUUUCUCAACUCAUAAUAUUGGGUUUGUGCACAAAGUUUCGAAUUUUGUUUGUAGCUGGACCCAUUUGCCAAGGAAAAUAUGAUGAAUUUCUUCACUUGUCAAAAUGAAAUCUUCAUAUUUUAUGUUCAAUUUCACCUUCCAUUUUUUCC